AUGCCUGUUGGCCCCCGAGUCUCCAAAGAAGAAUUCAUGCAUGCACUGGGUCUAAACCCCCAAGAUGCCCAUCACGAGCAAUAUUACCGUGCCAUGCGAGACGAAGCAAUAAUGGUCUACAACCGCAUGAACCAAGACACAACAAACCUGCUAGACAACAUCCGCGCCGACCCAAACACGCGACCUCCCUUCUUCUGGCAUCACAUCCGCCCAGACCGCCAGCGCUGGGCAAUCCUCGAGAUGUGGCGGAAUUCCGCACCACUCACGAGACCACUCUUCGAUCGCGGGAUCACCAAUGGCGAGUAUGGACCCAAUUGGGUUGCUGGGUGGUUGCUAUAUAGUGUUUUUCGAUCGCGGGAUGUGAGGAACAAUCGAAAUCGGAGGAAGGGCGAGGCUGGGACUGGGGGGUCGGGGGGUUCUGCUGAGGCUGACAGGCGCAGGCAGGUUGAAGAGGCGCCGAAGAAGUAUUAUGAUCCUGUGCGGAAUGGGACUUUGUGA